UAAUUUAAAAAAAUGAAGCAAGUGGACCGUCCUCCAAAUAACCCCAAGCGUAUAACAAUUCAGUCAAGCCAGGAGUGUUUCAGUGUUGACAUUCCCUCUGCAGAACAGCCUAAUCCAUGUCCAGAAGUUGAAAAUCCUCCAAAUGUUGACAGUGAAAAUUUGACCAAUGAAACAGUUCAGAUUGAUUCUGAUGAAGAUGACUUCAUGCCAGCUCUGAAGAAGCGUAAUGUUUCUGAAAGCCACACAAGAGUGUUAAGAAAAGUCGUGACAAAGAGGAUUAAACAUGAGGAGCUACCCCGACAGAGGCUUAAUGUGAGGUGCAACCCUCAAGAUGUCAUUGCAAGCAUUAACAUUUUGAAUGAAAGACAACGUGAGGCUAUAAGACAUAUUCUUGCUGCAUAUGACUUGGAGGUUGACAAGUCAUGCGUAGCCAUAAAAGACAACAUUGACAAAAUUAUUGAGAAGCAAUACGACAUAGCAGACAAGUUUAUAGAAUUGAUAGACGAGGUACUACGUGCCGAGUCUGAAAAUUUGGAAAACGAGACUGAUGAGCCACAGCAACAGGGGAAUUCGGCUGAUUCAGCAGUAUACACAGCUACAUUUGAUUUAUAA